AUGGUGGCGACAUCAGCUGCAGCAUACGAUCUGGCCAAGAAGUUGUGCCAAGAAUAUGACAAGCGGAAGAAGGAGGAAAAAGAGAUGAAUGUCAAACAGGAAGCCAACCUGGUGCCCAGCGCGAGCAAGACAGGUGAAAUUAGUCGCAAAGUGACCGAGAUUGACUACGGGAAGCAUGAACAAACUGUCAAGGAGCUUGACCGCCAAGAGCGAGAGCAAGAAUACGCACGAAAGGCGACUGAAGCAGCCCAAUGGUGCACAUUGGACCAUGAACAUGGACCCAACUGCAAGAGGCCCCCAACGAGCUGCUCGCAGGACCACCAGAAGGAGUGGCAGAUCUACGAGCGGAGCACCGAGGAGAAAAUUGCAGCAGCUGAACGCUUCCGCCAAGAAGGCAACGAAGCAUACAGAAAGCGCAACUUUGGCCUGGCAGCUGUCCACUACCGCAAGGCCCUCCUACACUUCGACUACACUUUUGCAGAGACCGAGGAGUUGCAAAAUCAGGUCGAUGCUGUGAAGCUGCCAUGUCUGCUGAACCUGGCAGCCUGCAAGUGCCAGCAGGAGGACUGGGACGAGGUGCUCACACAGUGUCGGCAGGCGCUCGAGAUCAAUCCUCGCGCUGUCAAGGCGCAUUACCGUGUCGGCCUUGCCUACUUGGCCAGAGACGAAUUUGAGCUCGCAAAGGACGCGCUCACCAGUGCUCACGAGAUCGAGCCCUCAAAUGCUGACAUUGUAGCUGCACUGAAGCAGCUGAAGAAGAACAUGGAGGACUACAAGACACGUCGGCGAGACGUGGCGAAAGAGAUGCUUUCAGGCAAGGGCGAUGAAGCUGCAGAAUCUGCUGGAAAGCAGGAGGAGGAGGAGGAGGAGCAGCUGCCAGAGCCGCCGACUCGCCUGGAAGCAGAGGAGGAGUCAAAGGGAGUGCCAAACGAAGCGCCAUCGGAGGGAGGCUCUUUGCGCCGGCGCAAGGGUGUCCCAGAUAAAUCCGAGGAAGGUGAGGAGGAGGAGGACGAGGAGGACGAGGUGCGGAAGCGCAAAAGUGCGCUGCAGUGCUUGCUGGUGGCGGCAGUGGGUCUGGGUGCCCUUUCAGUGACCGCUCUCGCCGUAUCGCUGAGCACCUGA